AUGGGAAAACUUUGUUCUUUUCAGCAGCUUUUAGCUUUUCAAAAAAAAUCUUUUUGUCACAAUCACGCAUUUGCCGCUAUAACGGUGGCUUCUACACUGGAAAAUACAAUCCAGUUAUUGUCGAAAACCUACGAAAAUAUACCUUUACAUAUACCCGAACGGCAAUCGUUAUGCAUCAACAAACCGUAUGCUGAUCUUUUGCUGGUUGUGAUUGGUUUUUAUACCAAAAAAACGGCAUUUGAAAUGUAUACCGCUCUUUUGACUAACCCUAUAUGA